AUGCCGCUCGAUACCUCAACAACAUACAGACUCACACGGCUACGGCUGGACGGACGGCGAUGGAACGAACUACGACUUCUACAGGCCCAAAUAUCCACAAACCCAGCUAGUUCUGGCUCAUCAUAUCUAUCAAUGGGCAACACGGCGGUCCUUUGCACAGUUCAUGGCCCCGCGGAGGGGAAACGCUCAGAGACAGCGGGCGCAACGGGAGCUGUGAUUAAUGUCGUCGUUAAUCUGGCUGGAUUUGCGAAUGUGGACCGGAAGAAGAAGAGUGCUGCUGGCGGUGGUGGAGGAGAUAGGCAAGCUACAAUCGAACUAGCCAACUCGAUCCGAGAUGCUUUCCAACCACACAUACACGCCCAUCUCUACCCACGCAGUACAAUAUCGAUCCACGUAUCUGUCCUCUCAUCUGAUGGCUCACUGUUCGCCGCGUGCGUGAACGCAUGUACCCUCGCGCUCGUGGACGCCGGUAUUCCCAUGCCCGGCCUUCUUUGCGCCUGCACAGUAGGCAUGAGCGGUCGUGCGUCCACUCCGGCCGUAACGGCUGAAUCAGCACAAGUAGGCGGGACAAACGAAAGCCUCGACCCGCUACUAGACAUUUCUGCCCCCGAGGAGGUGGAAUUACCAUAUAUGACAGUUGCGAACACGAAUCCUAUGCCUGAUAUAAAUAUUCCAAGAGGAGGUGAUGAUGAAGAUGAUGAAGACGAGGACGGGUAUGAUGCAGAGAACGAGAAUCAGAUGUUGUCAAUUGUGCAGAUGGAUUCGGGAGUGCAUGUGUCGUAUCUUGAGACGAUGUUUGCGGUAGGGAUUGAUGGAUGUAAGCAGACGCGGGAGAUAUUAAAUGGAGUAUUGAAGAGUGCAGGGAGAAGAGUCUUGAUGGGGGAAGCCGUCUCCGGUCCUGGGUACGACGAUGAAUGA